AUGACAGUCACAUGAUACACUGUAGCGUUCAUGCAUGUUAGUUUGUAACAUUCUUCAACGACACACAAGAUGCAUCUGAUAAAUGGUCCAUCUGGAGGUUUAUAGUGUGUUCUACUGCACUGAAGCAGCGUCAUCAUCAUCAUCAUCAUCAUCAUCAUCAUGCCUCUGACAGCCGCUGUGAUUGGUGGAGUUCAGAAACUGGUGCUGUACGAGACCAGAGCCAGGUAUUUUCUUGUGGGCAGUAAUAAUGCACAAACGAAGCAUCGUGUCUUGAAGAUCGACCGCACUGAACCACGAGACCUGGUCAUUAUCGACGAUAAGCAUGUUUACAGUCAACAGGAAGUGUGUGAGUUGCUCGGCAGGUUGGAUCUGGGUAAUCGUACAAAGAUUGGACAGAAGGGUACCUCUGGUCUCUCAAGAGCCGUAUCUGCCUACGGCAUUGUGGGUUUUGUCCGCUUUCUGGAGGGUUACUACAUUGUGUUGAUCACCAAACGGCGUAAAAUGGCUGACAUCGGCGGUCAUUCUAUUUAUAAGAUUGAAGACACAAAUAUGAUCUACAUUCCCAAUGAUUCAGUCAGAGUUACACAUCCAGAUGAGGCCCGGUAUGUGAGAAUCUUCCAGAAUGUGGACCUGUCCAGUAACUUCUAUUUCAGUUACAGCUAUGACCUGAGUCACUCGCUGCAGUGUAACCUGACAGUGCUGCAGAUGACCUGUGACCCCGGAGAGAGCGAGGAGUUGAGUGCCAACAGCAGACAGGACAGCUUUGAUAUCUUUGAAGAGGAGGGACUCCCCACUCAAGUUGUCCUUGGCUUGAAGAACGAACCCUACGCAAAGUAUGUGUGGAACGCUCGUCUGCUGGAAAAAGUGAAGGACAUUGUGCAUCCUGAUUGGCUGUUAUACAUCAUCCAUGGAUUCUGUGGCCAAUCCAAGUUGUUGAUUUACGGCCGGCCAGUGUACGUCACCUUGAUCGCCCGCCGUUCCAGUCGCUUUGCAGGGACACGUUUUCUCAAAAGAGGAGCCAACUGUGAGGGCGAUGUGGCGAACGAAGUGGAGACCGAACAGAUCAUCCAUGACGCCUCGGUCAUGUCAUUCUCGGCGGGCAGUUACUCAUCCUGUGUGCAGGUCAGAGGGUCUGUUCCUCUGCACUGGUCUCAGGACAUCUCCACCAUGAUGCCCAAACCACCCAUACGCUUGGAUCAGGCUGAUCCGUACGCUCAUGUCGCUGCUCGUCACUUCGAUCAGAUGUUGCAGAGGUUUGGAUCUCCAAUCAUCAUCCUCAACCUCGUCAAGAAACGAGAGAAGAGGAAACACGAGAAGAUCUUGAGUGAAGAGCUUUACCCCGCCAUCACCAACCUCAACCAGUUCCUCCCGCCGGAGCACGCCAUCGAGUAUAUCGCCUGGGACAUGGCCCGAUACACCAAGAGUAAACUGUGUAACGUGUUGGAUCGUCUCAGUAUGAUUGCUGAGAGUGUGGUGAAGCGGACAGGUUUCUUUGUUAAUCGACCCGACUUUUACUGCCAUACGUUACGACCUGAUGAAAGGUGGGGAGAUCUGGGAGGGAUGGUCACGCCAAAGGGCAGGUUGCAGACUGGUGUUUUGAGGACAAACUGUGUGGACUGUUUGGAUCGCACGAACACCGCUCAGUUCAUGGUGGGCAAAUGUGCACUGGCCUAUCAGCUCUACGCACUUGGAUUGAUUGACAAACCAAAACUUCAGUUUGAUACAGACUGCGUCAGAUUAUUUGAAGAGUUGUAUGAAGACCACGGCGACACACUGUCUUUACAGUACGGAGGUUCUCAGCUGGUGCACAGAGUGAAGACAUACCGGAAGAUCGCGCCCUGGACUCAACACUCCAAAGACAUCAUGCAAACUCUCUCCCGUUACUAUAGCAACGCCUUCUCAGAUGCAGACAGACAGGACGCUAUAAACCUCUUCCUGCAGGUUUAUCAGCCGUGUGAAUCAAAGCCUCAUCUCUGGGAGCUGCCCACUGACUUCUACCUUCAUCACAGUAAUACCAUGAUCCUGCCACAGGACAGACACAGUUACACACACUGGUGGUCUGAUGGAGUGCUGUUGUAUCUCCCAUUACCAUAUGAUGAAGCCGAGUGUGAGCAGAACAGGAGGAAGGUGUCAGUGAAGCGCGUGAACAGAUUUGACGAGAGUAUCGACAUCUACACGGAGUCCUUUAGACCGUACGAGCUCACCUCAUUCGACGACACGUUUAGCAUCGCCAUGACGAACUCUGCAAGGGAGUUCAUGCCAAAGACUGUAGGGCUCGACCCGAGUCCAUUUACUGUUCGUAAACCAGACGAGAGUGCAAAGUCAGUGCUCGGUAAUAAGUCGAGUAAAGAAGAAGCAAUACUACAGAGGAAGACGGCCGCCAGCGCUCCUCCUCCUCCCACUGAAGAGCAGAUCUCCAGCAGCUCGGAGGAUGACUCUGAGGAAGAUCGCGAAGACGAUGGAACCACCUCCCAGCGCUCUACACCAAUCAAACUGGCCGAGCCGACCAACAGUGUUCGCAUACACGAGGAUCAGCCGCAGCUGCAGCGUCUUCCGCCAGUCAAAGAGACGUACGGACUGAAUCUAUUGGCGUACCCUCCCGAUGAAGACCUGCUCAUAUACCACAGAUUUGCUCACCUGGGUCAGAACCAGCACAAGGUGGAGAGACGAGAAGACACAAAGAAAUCAGAAAACAUCCUCAGCCUUGUUCCGGUAUCGUCCUUCCCAUCAGACAGUAUUUAUGAGGUUUCAGCUCCAGAGGUGAACGUCCAGAGCCGAGAGGUGUUCGAGUCCCACGUUCAGACGGGUCAGGGCUGGGUCAGAUCUCUGUGUCAAGAGGAUGUUCUCAUGUACCGCGAAUACAUCAAAAACAGAUACAUGUGAACCACUGGAACGAUCUCAGCUGAGAACACAACCUGAAUCUCCAAAAUCUGGACUUUAUUAUAAUAUAAAUUGAGUCUAUUCCUUUUUCUUUCUUUCUUUCUUUCUUUUUUUUUUUUACAUUGUUUUUAUUCAACUCUUCAUAUUCGUUUACUUGUUUUAAUUUUAUCAAAAAAAAAAUAAUAUAUAUAUAUUAACAAGUAAUUACAAAGCAUGUGUUUGAUCAUAAUAUAUUCAUAACAUAUUAAAGUAUAAUUAUAAUUUUCUUUAUUUAUCACACAUUAUACAUUUGCACAUAUACAGUGAAAUUCUUCUUUUUCACAUAUCCCAGCUAGGCUGGGGUCAGAGUGCAGGGUCAGCCAUGAUACGGCGCCCCUGGAGCAGAUAGGGUCAAGGGCCUUGCUCAAGGGCCCAACAGUGGCAUCUUGGCAGUGCUGGGGCUUGAACCCCCGACCUUCUGAUCAGUAACCCAGAGCCUUACCCUUGCCGCUGAGCUACCACUGCCUCCCAGUUAUUGAUGAUCUAACAUAUAUGUGUUCAGUGUUGGGUAGUAAUGGACUACUUGUUAUCUGGAUUACAUAAUAAGAGUACAAAAAUUAAGUACUCAUAUUACAAGGGUGGGGUGAUCCGAAUGUAUUCAGAUUAGAUUACCUAAAAAAAUGUAAUCUAAAAGAUUACUGUACUGAUUACUGCUGUAUGAUUACUAUAACAAAAGUUGCGUAAUUUGCUAUCAAUGCCAGAUUACACUGCAGAAGCAACCUAGCGAACACAGUAAGUAUUAGUUUGUUUGUAUUUUGAUGUUCAUGUUACCUACAUUUCUGGAAAGUAAGAUAACAUGGAUUAUUUCUGUCACCUUUGAAAACAUUUCAGAAACUCGUAUAAACAUGACUUGAACAACUUCUCUCCCUCUUUCCUUCAGUGUCCAGUUUAGUUUAUUGUCAUCUAAUGUCACUGGUUUAUCUAUCUAGAGUAUCUCUCUCUCUCUCUCUCUCUCUCUCUCUCUCUCUCUCUCUCUCUCUCUCUCUCUCUCUCUCUCUGCAUCUCGUUUCUGCGCCCUGUGCCGCGUGAGUCCAGUGCAGUCAUCACUGCAGAAACGAGGCACACGCGGCUACAGCAGGUGGAACUCACACAUGUGCGCUCACUCAUUCACACAGUAAAGUGCUGAUGAUUAUAGGCUUAUUAAAGCUCUAUUAAUCUCAAAUGGACAAUAGUGAGUCCUGGAUGAUAAGUAUAAAAAUGUGUGUUUUCUCUUUCUCUGCAUGCAUGUUUCACUCUGACACUGUUUGAGUAGGUCACGGCUGUCAACAGUAGGUCUACAGAGUGUAAAAACUAGUCUAAUGAACUCUGAGACGAAUCUAUUUAAAAAGUUAAAAAGAUUGAAAGUCUUGAAGUUUCUGCUGGCUUUGUCUGCACGUCUAGAACUGUGGACCUUUUUGUUUCUACUAAAAAAUUGUAAUCGAAUUCUAUAACGUUUUAUGUGUUUAAAGUUUUAUUAAUACAUUUUUUUUAAACAUUACACAUUUCACUUUGAUGGAUUUUUGAAAUUUCAGUGUAACGGAAACUGCUAUUGUGCAGUAAAUGUACUGAAGCUGCUACAUUUUCAUUUAAAGAUGAAAGCUAUUGAAUUCUCUUGCUGUUUCUGAGACACGUAAAGCUUUAUGUCUGUCUGUGUUUCUCCAUCCUGCUGUGUUCAUUUUAAAACCAUCCACUCAAGAAUCAUUGCAUGUUUUUAUCUCCAUUGUUUUGAAUGCAUCUCAUCUCUUCUCUUGCAUCACUUUUUACAUUCUGCUGUUCAUCUUAUGACUUGCAUCCUGCUGUGUGCAAAACUGCUCCAUUUAGUCUUCAGAAUGAAGUGUGUGUGUGUGUGUGUGUGUGUGUGUGUGUGUGUGUGUGUGUGUGUGUGUGUGUGUGUUUGUGACUGUAUAUUUAUACUGCAUUUUCUGAUGCAUAUGUGAGUGGUGCUUGCCUGUGCAAAAGUCACCUCCACUAAGCAAGAGUGCUCUGGUUGGUUGCCAAGGCAUUGCUGUUUGGUUACUGAGGUAUUCUUAAUGUUUUAAUAAAUUGCUAUGCAGUUGCUAGGUUGUUCUGUGUGGUUGUUAGGUGGUUGCUUACUGGCAAAGUCAAAAGAGUCCACCCCAAGUCUCUAUGAUUUUCUGGUCUCUAGAUAUGACUCGGGUUCCUCCAAUGUGAGUCAGUGGGUUUUUUUUUCCGCCUAGGUGGAAAGCAUGAACCAGGUUGGCAGAAUAAAUGCAUUAUCUUGCACUGCACAUGCAGGCUUAAAGUGCACUUCAGUCUGUAGCUGUGAGGUUUGGCGGAUUUCCUUUUCUCUUCACUUCAUUUAGUGAUCCUGUCUCAUAAACACAAGUUUAUUUUCAUUCUGUCAUUCUCACCCUUCCUCUUUUUUUCUGUUUACAUUGUUAGAAUCACUCGCUUUUUUUUCAGCUGGUGAGUCAGUGCAUGUAGCCGUGCUGGUUUCUAGGAUACCGGGAGAAAAACAGAUUGAAAGACACUCAGAGACCCACCUGAGUAACCUGAGUAACCGGUUAUUUGGAUGAGCUUUACAGUAGCCGAUUACCAACGACGGUUAGUCGUCUUGAUUCAAAUGACCCACAACAAACCGGCAGAGUGCAUCCAGAGACAACUGAGCUAAAUAAUAAUGAAAAUCUGAUAUAAUUCAAUAAAAAAGUCAUUUGAGCCUGAUACAGAAACAAUCAGAUUUUUUAAGGAGAAUGUACAGUCAGCUGAUCAUUAUCAUGAAAUAAAUAACCAAAUAAAAGGUGAUACUGACUUUGUAACACGCUUCCAACUUUGAUCAUACUCACUCUACUAUUUUUACAAUAGUGCAGCUUUUCCAAUAGCAAGCUACAUUUUCCUACAAGUAGUGCUGUACCGUCACAAAACACUUUGUAACAUUCUAUUGCGAACACAGUAGCUAAUGAAUACAGGUCGACCAGUAGUGGAUUUUGCCAAUACCGAUAGCUAAGGAGAAAAAAAACGAUUAAUCAACGGAUGGUUUUUUCCAUUUUUCCUUACUAUUACGGACACAGAUAUAAACACUACAAGAGUCCAAAAUUAAUAAAAUCCUAAAAGCAGUUUAUUGCGCAACCAAAAUCCCAAUAAUAACCUGAAAAGUGAAGAUUUUGUGCAUAACGUGGGACUUCUAUUUUGAAAUGACAUUGACUUAAAAUGCUCUAUUUUUAAGUAUUUACCAAAUUAAGCUUUUUAUACUUCUUAUAUACUCAUCAGAUGAAGGGUUUUGUAUACAAACAUUUCACCAGAAGAGGUUUAUUAAUGAGGAAUAAACAAGGAAUAUUAAUAAUAAAAAAGAGUAAUAAUAAUAACCUUCUGAGACCCGAGCGUGACUGCUGUGUGCAUUUUCCAUUUGCCUUUUUUAUUUGUAACUAGCAGCACCUAAUAAACAAUUAAAAAAGCAUUUCUAGAGCAAAUAGCUUUCCAUGUCCUCAUAUGUGGACAGAGGGACUAAGUUGUGAAACUUUAAAUAAUACCAAGCUAUAGAAAGUCAGAUUUGUUUCAUCAAAUAGUUUAUUAUGUGUCCAGGAGUGUUUGUUAAUUAUUCAUGUUUUUGAGAUGUUAUAGACAUUACAGCAGAUUUUCUAUAAAGCUGAAUAAAUAUUUCUAAUGUAAUGUAAGUAAUGUCCAGCAUCAUCCAAUUACUGUCAACCAUGUUAAAAUAAAAUGAUACAUUAUAAAUUCUGAAUCUAUGUACUGAUUAUCAUUGUCACAUGUCUGUCAAACAUGUUGAGUGACCCAAACAUCAUCUGCAGCCUGAAACUGAACUUUUGAUCAGAUUUUAGGAGUGAAUGCACUUAACUGCAUAGAGAGCUAUAGGAUGCUCCCUUGCUCCCUAUUUAGUGAAUGACUUAACCUCCAGUGUGCUGUCUGUCUGCACUGGUCUCAGAACAGUUUGAAAUGCACCUUAUUUUCAUCCUAAC